GGAUAUAAAUCCACCAGUGGCGAACAUAAACCCCGACGUGGUGAAUAUAACUAUGGAUAUAAAUCCCCUGAUGACGAAUAUAAAUCUCCAUAUGGCGAAUAUAACAAAGGAUACAAAUCCUCCGAUGGCGAAUAUAGCAAAGGAUACAAAUCCUCCGAUGGCGAAUAUAACAAAGGAUAUAAAUCCUCAGAUGGUGAAUAUAACUAUGGAUAUAAAUCCCCUGGUGAUGAAUACAAAUCUUCAUACGACGAACAUAACAAAGGAUAUAAAUCUUCCGAUGGCGAAUAUAAACUACCAGGUGGAGGCCAUGAUUAAAUGACUUGCCAAUCCUCACAAUAAAGCAUCAUGUACUAUUAUAAAACACUUGUGCACGUACGUAGUGGCAAGAUUAAUACUUUGUAAUAGUCUUGCUACUUUAGGCCUUGUUGUAAUAAGUAUGAAUAAAACACCAUGCAGUUCAUGUGGAUGGUUGGUCAUGUAAUAUCUUACUGUACAAUAUAUUGCGAUAUGAAUAAUAUAUUUUCAUAACUUA